AAUCUCUGCAUCCGUGCGAGCCCUUCCUCAAAGUCGUGCUCGGUCAAGCGUUCGGCUCACGUUAAAAAAAGGAAGGGGUGACUCGAGCCCCACAGAGGUUCCGCAUUCCAAAGAUCUCGGAAGUGAUCUCGCACGUGGAAGAAGCAGAACAUUAUCAUUUAGCAGGAUGUCGAGAUAAGGUCCAGCGCGAGGAAGAAGAAGAGAUAUCGACGGCAUAGGAAAACCGCAUUUAUUGGAUCAUAAUAGUUGCGUCGACGUAACUAGACAGAACGAGGUCGCAUUACAAAAACUUCCUAUUAUAGACGACAAUUAUCAAUCAGCCCUUCGUUCCUCCUUGUCUCUUUCCACUUCUCACCAUCGAUUCAACGGCCAUCCCGUUCCAGCGUUUUAAUCUAGAAAGAAGUGAACAAGUUAGCACAGUUGGCGAGCCGGUCUCCGCUCGCGGUCCUGUUAGGAUGAGGUGAGUGCUUCAAUUUCGAUCUCAUCUCGCGAUUUCGUCGCCGCAACGAAUAAUGCCUUCAAGGGGAUCGACCGGCCGUCCCAAGGUAGACAGAUCCACCAGUCCUCUGCCGAGAAAACCGGCGGCGAGUCCCGCGACUCCGGUGCAGGAGCUGAAGGCCCUCUUCGCCGAGCCACAGAACAGCAACAAGACUUCCUCCAAUGGCGAGAAAGAGUCGGACUUCCGAUUCGAGGCGAUACAAUGUCUCAAGCGACAAUCCUCGAUCAUCAAGAGACCCAAGCUUUUACCGGAACGAGGCACUUGGAGCAGCAAAAUCGAAUUCAUUUUGUCGGUCGUGGGACUGGCCAUAGGUUUGGGUAAUCUCUGGCGAUUUCCGUAUCUUUGUUAUAAAAAUGGCGGCGGUGCUUUCAUGGUACCCUACUUCAUCGCGCUCGCGCUGGCCGGUAUACCCAUGUUCCUGAUGGAACUAUCCCUAGGCCAGAUGCUGACGAUAGGUGGUCUAGGUGUUUUUAAGAUAGCCCCGAUUUUCAAAGGCAUUGGGUAUGCAACCUGCGUGCUUUCCUGUUGGACCAAUGUGUAUUACAUCAUCAUUCUCGCUUGGGCGCUUUUCUACUUCUUGGUCUCCCUACGUGCUGACGUACCCUGGAGAACUUGCGACAACUCAUGGAACACGCGCUAUUGUAUCACGCCCGACGAACGUUUGAACGUGAGUUGCUGGCAGGUCGACCACUGGCAAAACAAUCUUACCAUAUGUUCCACGUCCCUCGGUAACUUAAGCCACGGGUUGUUGAAGGAUCCAGUCAAGGAAUUUUGGGAGAGACGCACCCUGAUGAUUUCUUCGGGCAUCGAAGACGUGGGUGGGAUAAGAUGGGAAUUAGCCGGCACCCUUGCGGUCGUCUGGAUUAUGUGCUACUUUUGCAUUUGGAAAGGUGUCAAAUGGACCGGCAAGGUCGUCUAUUUCACGGCGCUUUUUCCGUACGCCCUGUUGGCGGUGCUGCUCGUGCGAGGCUUGACUCUUCCCGGCGCUUCGGAAGGUUUGAAGUAUUACGCUACGCCGAAUCUCUCGAAACUCGGUGAUCCCGAGGUAUGGAUAGAUGCGGUGACACAGAUAUUUUUCACUUACGCUCUCGGCUUAGGUGCAUUGGUAGCCCUAGGCAGUUACAACAAAUUUAACAAUAACGUUUAUAAAGAUGCUCUCAUUGUAUGUGGAGUAAAUACUUGUACCAGUUUGCUUAGCGGAGUAGUCAUAUUUUCUGUAGUCGGUUUUAUGGCCCACGAACAACAGAAACCAGUGGCCGAUGUAGCCGCUUCUGGUCCUGGUUUGGCCUUCUUAGUUUAUCCCUCAGCGGUGUUACAACUACCCGGAGCAUCCAUUUGGGCGAGUUUAUUCUUCUUUAUGCUCCUCCUGAUAGGGUUGGACAGUCAGUUUUGCACCAUGGAGGGCUUCAUCACCGCCGCUGUGGAUGAAUGGCCGCGAUUGCUCAGAAAACGGAAGGAACUAUUCAUCGCAAUCGUAUGCUUGAUCUCCUAUCUGGUCGGGCUUUUAUGCGUCACGGAAGGCGGUAUGUAUGUGUUUCAACUCUUGGACACGUAUGCUGUAAGUGGAUUUUGCUUACUCUUUUUGAUGUUCUUUGAGUGCAUCUCCGUCUCAUGGGCAUUUGGCGUGGAUCGAUUUUACGAUGGCAUACGGGAUAUGAUAGGUUACUAUCCCUGUUUUUGGUGGAAGAUAUGCUGGACGUUUACUACUCCUGCCAUUUGCGUGGGCGUUUUCAUCUUUAAUAUCAUCAAAUUCGUUCCUGUGAAAUACCUCACGUACGAAUUUCCAUGGUGGAGCCAUUUGUUAGGAUGGCUCGCGGGUCUUUCCUCGAUGUUAUGCAUUCCAGGUUACAUGAUUUAUAUCUGGAUUGUUACACCCGGAACUACCUCAGAGAAAUAUCGGAAAUUGAUAAAAAUAGAAGAUGAUGUUGCUGCUUUACGGAAGAAACUCAAUCCAGUCAAAGCCGCUGCCAUCGACGCGGAGUUUGAAUUAUAAAAUCGCGUUGUGUCUUUAGUCACACAGAUUAUGCGAUGUAUGCAAUAAAGUAUAGAACCUUAAUGGAAAAGAUUUGAGCACAAUGGGAUAUAUGUUUUGCGAUUCAGAAAUGCAUCAAAUUUCAUUAGAAUAGCGUCAAGAUGAGAUGAUAUCAUUGUGUAUUUUACUCACUAUGAGCGCAUUGAGAAAAGAGAUGUUUAUGAUUAAACUAAUCUAUUAUAUAUUUCUUAUAAUCUGCUUCCAACAUACCGCGAAAAGAAAAUGAAAAUAAUAAAAAUGUAUUUUACAA